AUGAAGUCUUUCAAGAGGGCUGAUAUAAAGAAGAGAGACUCGCACGUAUGGGAAGCUCAAGCAUGUGCCGCGACGUCAGAGAUGCGUGACGCGCGAAUUGCCGUGGACGCGUCGAAUGACGUGCACGUGACAUACUGGGCAUUGUGCCUCCGCGCGCCGUUCGCCGUUCUGCCCCCGCCUGCCGACGACCUAUCCCCCAAGGCCAAAUCUAAUCCAAAUGCCAGCCCUCCAGACCCAUCCGGUGAACCGAAUCGUGACCCUCAAGGAUCUUCACAACGCAGGUUGCUGAGUGGGCAAUAUGGAGAUCAGUUGGCAAACGCGAAGGAACGGCUUCGUGGGUGGUCAGAGCGGACGGCGUCCCAGCUCCGCCAGCGAAUAGACCAGUACACGGCCAGCCUGGCUGUUACAUUCUCGCAACUUGGGAAGGAAAUUAACAAAGUUACUGGAUACGGAGAGAUAGAGGUGUUGAAGCAAAGGGUAGUCCAGCAGGAGGCACGCAUCGAGGCUGUCAGACGAGCGGCACGCGAAGCCAAAGAGGCGUAUGAUCGCGCGGUGCUUCAGCGAGCAUCCUCGCAGCGCGAGGUGAACGAUCUGCUGCAGCGCAAGUCGAGCUGGAACGAUGAGGACGUCAUCCGAUUCACAUCCCUAGUGCGCCAGGACCAUCUCCACGAGCAAGAGGAAUCGCGUGCAAAGAUUGGGGCUACACAAGCUGAAGACUCCGUCGAGCGGGAGUUCAGCGAACUCAUGCGCGUCAUUCUCAACCGAUAUCACGAAGAGCAGGCGUGGUCGGAUAAAAUCAGGAGCGCAUCCACGUACGGCUCCUUGGCUGUAAUGGGCGUGAAUAUGCUCGUCUUCUUGCUUGCGAUUGUUUUCAUAGAGCCAUGGAAACGACGGAGGCUCGCACAGACCUUCGAGAGGAAGGUAGAGGAGAUGUCCGCACAGAAUGCGGAAGCGCUUGCGAAGCGGUUCGAAGGGCAGGACCGACUAAUGUCGCAGAUCAUGGAGACGGUCCACUACAACUCACAAGUUCCCGAAGCUGACCAGAUGGCUGCGUCACAAACUGUUGUGACGCUGCGCGACAGAACGGAACAGGUGCCUCUUUGGAUGAAUCUAAAGUCUAACCAGGAUGUAGCAUGGGCAAUGGCUGCUAGUGCUACUGCAGCAGGGUUGAUUGGUUGGCUGGCGAGGAGUUAUAUGGGAUGAAUAUACACCAGCUUCGAGAUGAGACGUUGUCCGUAUGCGUCCUGUCUCAUAUUAGAGAGGCAGUCAGACAUUGAGACUGCGAUAAACACGACAAUGUACUCUGAGGAACGCGUCAGCAGUAUGCUAACAAUGCGGAGUACCGUCACUCACC